UAUAAAUAUGAGGUUAUUUUAUGAGCGCGGUGACCUGUCGCCCGUUGCGCCAAAUCUAAAUUUUGUCUCAACUCUCUUUCCCCUUCGGUCUACUCUUCUCUUCCCUCUCGGUGCUUAGUUUAUUGAGGGUUUAUUGUAGAGAUGGCGUCUCCUCUAUUUGAGGCUGAGGAUCAGACGGACGAGGAUUUUUUUGAUAAGCUAGUCAAUGAUGAUGAUGACGACAUUACUUACACUGGAUCUGGGCCUAGUCCUGUAAAAGUUGAUGAUGCAGACAAGGCAAACGCAUUUUCCCGUCCGACUAUCGGUGAUGUUGGUCCCACUAGAGUGAACUCUGGCGAUAAUAUUAAUUUUAGUUUUGAAGAGUUAGAGGGUGAUGAAAAUGGUGUCGUUUUGGCAUCAUCAAAUGAUAAUGAGGACAGUUUGGUGGUUAAAGAGAGCAAUACAGUGAUACCUAGUAGUGUAAAUGAGUCCAGUGAAGUGGGGUUGUUUGAGGAAGGUGCAUUGAAUGACCAUGCAAUAGAUAAGAGUAGCAUUAGUACAGGAACCGGUGUGAAAGUGGUUCACUGGAGUUCAUUUGACUCUGAUCAGAAUGUUGAUGAUAGUAAUGGAUUGCCGUCAAACUCUGGUUUUUUCAAUGAAUUUGGGGAUGAUUCUGGAGAUCCAUUUGCAAAUUUGGGGAACACAGAUAGUUCAGGAGCUAAAUUUGUUAGUGAGGUUGGUGUUUUGGGAAAUUCAGUUAAUGAUUUGGGUUCCUCUACUUAUGGGCAAAAUCUAGACUUGCAGAAUCAUGAUCAAAAUUCAGAACAGAAUAUAACGGGGCAGGAUAUGAGUAGUAGUCAGAACUGGGAAAAUCUUUAUCCAGGAUGGAGGUAUGACCCAAAAACUGGGCAAUGGCAUCAGUUGGAUGGAUAUAAUGCAGAUUUGAGCACAAUUGGUAGUGUGGAUGCUGUAGGUAGUUAUGAUGUGAAUGCCCAAUAUGUUAGUGGUUCAGAACAAAGUUCGGCUGUAUAUCAUCUGCAGCAAGCAUUUCAGUCUGAAUCCAUUGUAGAAAAUGUGACUGAGGGAGCUACAGAUGUUAGUGUAUCCAACUGGAAUCAGAUUUCACCAGGGACUGCUGAAUACCCAUCACAUAUGGUGUUUGAUCCCCAGUAUCCUGGUUGGUACUAUGAUACAAUUGCACAAGAAUGGAGAUUGUUGGAGUCUUGUACUCCAGCUACCAAUCAGUCAGCCACUUUAGCUUAUAAUCAGCAACUUCAAAAUGACAUUAUUGAAAAUUAUGGGUCACAAGGCCUUGGUCCUGAAGGCCAUAAUGUGAACUGGGAUGGAUCUGUGAACAACUACAAUCAGAAAAAUACAAAUAUGUGGCAAAACCAGCAAGUUGCCAAAAGUGAGACCACUGGUUUUACAGAUAACAAACAAUCAGACAACUUAUUUGAUUCAACUAGUCAUGUGAACAAUUCUGCAGAAGGAAAAGCUGAAUUCAGACCCUCUGGAUCAGUUGCUCAAUUUGAGCAAGCAAAUUGGAAUCUUGAUAAUAGUAAUGGGGUUUCUGGAUUUCAAAACUUUAUUCCCUCCCAGCGGUUUUCUGAGCAUCAUUACCAGACCAAGAUGGAGUCAAGCCAACUAAUGCAUUUCAAAGCAGGUUACUUUGAUAGUCAGAAACCUGUUAGUUUUCCAAAACAGCAGCAACUCCUGAGUGACAAUCAGUUCCCUUAUGUACCCAGCGAAGGUAGGUCAUCUGCAGGGCGUCCUCCACAUGCCUUAGUUACUUUUGGAUUUGGUGGAAAAAUAGUGGUCUUAAAAAAUUGCAGUACUUUCGACACAAACUCCUCAUUUGGAAGGAAGGAUCCAUUAGGAGGUGUGGUCAAUGUUCUCAACUUGAUGGAAGUUGUGAUGGACAAGACUUCUGCAUCAAGGUUUGGAUUGGGUACUUGUGACUACUUCCACACAUUGUGCCUGCAAUCUUUUCCUGGCCCAUUGGUUGGUGGAAAUGUUGGAAAUAAAGAGUUGAACAAGUGGAUUGAUGAGAGGAUUGCAAACUUUGAAGUCCCAAGUGCUGACAAUAGAAAUGGAGAAGUAAUGAGACUACUGUACUCUUUGCUAAAAAUAGCAUGUCAGUAUUAUGGAAAACUUCGAUCUCCUUUUGGCACUGACCCAUUAUUGAAGGAAAGUGAUUGUCCAGAGUCAGCCGUUGCUAAGCUGUUUGGGUCUACCAAAAAAAAUGAUGUGCAAUUGAGUGACUAUGGUGCCCUAACAUACUGCCUACAGAAUUUGCCUGCUGAAGCACAGAUUCAGGCAACUGCUUUAGAGGUACAGAAGCUUCUUGUGUCUGGUAGAAAAAAAGAAGCUUUGCAACGUGCAAAAGAAGGUCAAUUAUGGGGACUGGCACUUGUUCUUGCAUCUCAACUUGGUGAUCAGUUUUAUGGUGAUACUGUGAAGCAAAUGGCACUUAAGCAGUUAGUAGCAGGGUCACCGUUGCGAACAUUGUGCCUGUUAAUUGCAGGGCAGCCUGCAGAUGUGUUUUCCUAUGACAAAACUACUAGCAUUAUCCCGAAUUCUAUAAAUACAUAUCAACAGCCUGUACAGAUUGGGGCUAAUUGUAUGUUAGAUAAAUGGGAAGAGAACCUAGCCAUCAUCACUGCAAACAGAACAAAAGGUGAUGAGCUUGUUAUGAUUCAUCUUGGUGACUGCUUAUGGAAGGAGAGGGGUGAGGUUACUGCUGCACAUUUAUGUUAUUUAGUUGCAGAAUCCAACUUUGAACCUUAUUCGGACAGUGCAAGACUGUGUCUUAUCGGUGCAGAUCAUUGGAAAUUUCCACGAACAUAUGCUAGUCCUGAGGCCAUUCAGAGGACGGAGUUAUAUGAAUAUGCAAAAGUGGCUGGAAAUUCUCAAUUUCUCCUCCUACCUUUUCAGCCAUAUAAGCUUAUUUACGCUCACAUGCUGGCUGAAGUUGGAAAAGUUGCAGAUUCAUUGAAGUACUGUCAAGUGAUUUUGAAGUCUCUGAGAACAGAUCGAACACCAGAAGUGGACACAUGGAAACAAUUAGUGUCCUCUCUUGAGGAGCGAUUAAGAAGCCACCAACAGGUUGGUUAUACCACGAAUUUGGCUCCAACCAAGCUGGUUGGUAAAUUACGCACCUUCUUUGAUAGUACUGCUAAUCGUGUUGUUGGAAGCAUACCGCCACCUGUUCCUUCAAAACCACACAAUGUACUGUACAAUGAAUUUGCUCACCAACAAGGAGGUCAGCAUGUAACUAGUAGUUAUUCGUCAACGACCAUGUCUUCUUUAAUGGCUUCCGCCUCAGUGGAACCCAUAAGUGAGUGGACUGGUGGGACCAAUCAACUCGACAUGCCUAACAGAAGUAUUUCGGAACCUGACUUUGGUAGAAACCCAAGUAAGGUUGAUUCUUCCAAGGAAUCAAACAUAUCUGAUACACAAGAACAGGUAGCAGUCUCUGUUGGGUCAUCUCGCUUUGGUCGUUUUGGUUCACAGCUAUUCCAGAAGACUGUUGGGUUGGUCUUAAGAUCUCGUCCAGACAGACAGGCUAAAUUGGGUGAGAAGAAUAAAUUCGAUUAUGAUGAUAAGCUUAAGCGAUGGGUUGAGGAAGGAGUUGAACCUCCUGCAGAGGAAACUGCCUUGGCUCCUCCACCAACUUUUGCAGCGUUCCAGGAUAACACUGUUAAUGAUACUCCUAAAAUUGAAAGCUUGCACACAAAUACUGGCCCAGAAACUCAGAGCCCUAUUACUUCUGAAGGGAGUUCAGGAAUACCACCCAUUCCACCCAGUUCAAAUCAAUUUUCUGCUCGUGGACGGAUGAGUGUUCGUUCAAGGUAUGUCGACACUUUCAACAAAAGUGGUGGUACCUCAACUAAUUUAUUCCAGUCUCCUAUUCCUUCUUCCAAAUCUGGGGCUGGUCCCAAUCCCAAGUUCUUCGUCCCAGGUCCAGUUACCAUCGGUGAAGAGACAGUUCAAACAACUGGGGAGAUUAUUCAGGAAACUACUGUGACCAAUGAAAAUCCCAAAUCCCCAACAUCAUUUAAGGGGUCUUUCUCGCCUCCACCGACAUUAGCAUACACACCAGCAACAACCAUGCAACGGUUUCCUAGUGUGGAUAAUAUCGUAUUCAAGAGAACAGGGGUGGUGUCACAUGGUAAUAACUCUUCUACUCAGUCCCGGCGAGCAGCAUCAUGGAGUGGAAGCCUUAGUGAUGCUAGCAGUCCUAUGAUGAAUGAAAUAAAACCUCUUGGGGAAGCACUAGGGUCACCUACACCAGCUUAUUCUGAUCCUCCAUCAAACCAAUUUUCAAAGGGUGCUAAUAGCCGAGAUGCCUUUGAUGAAGUUGAAUUAUAAGGUUUCCAGGAACAGUUGUAAAUCGAUAGUUUUGCUUCUUGAUCAUACAAUUUUAGGAGUGUAGUCACCUCGUUGUGCUGGAAGGACAAGAGUUAGGUAAGGCAUUAAUGGGAGUUUCUAGUUUUUGGUGAAACCCCCUCUAAAACUACUGUAAACCUCUAUACUGUAUUCAAUUACCAUAUAGAAACAGUAUAUUAUUAUAUCUGAUGAACACAAAUAAUAUCAACGUGAAUAAUAAUGGGAUUGAAGGAGUAAUUACGGAUUAA